GAUGAUGGUAUGCGGGAAAUUUAGAUCAGCCGGUGUCACGCAAGUCAAGAAGGUAAAUGCAUUAAUUUGAAAUGCCACACAUGUAAUGACUUAAUGUAAGUAGGAAGUAAAUUUACAUUAAGAACAUCCCCCACAAGUUUCAUGCACCGUAGGAUUCUACAGGGAAAACGUGUAGAGGAUUUCAUAGGAAACUGAAAAGGAAUUUGUACAGCAGGGAAUGAGAAUCUUUGGAGAUAGCCUAAAACAAGACCUUCGACACUGAAUGAAGUCAUAUGAGAAUAUGAAAUGUGUGAGAAUAACUUUAGGGAAAAAAGUGCCAUAAAAAGGAUUUCCUGAGAACUCGAGAACAUUCAAUUUCAUUUUGUUGCUGAAAAGGAAUCACAAGGGAACUAUUCACUUUCUAGUUUUCACUAUCAACUUGAGGCACAUGAUUCACAGCUCAUUGUACUUAUUCAAGCAAUUUCAUCUUGGCAUAACAUCAUAUGGACAACAACUUAAUUGGAGUGUACCUUCUGGUGAUAUAUAGAUAUAACUGACAGACAACCCUUUACAUUGGUGUGAAUUAAAAUGUAACCCAGCACUUGUUGGUGUGAAAUUUGGUAAAAGCAACUUGUUUAGUAAUUUAAGACCAGUGAUUUAGUGCAUUAGAUCGGAACUUCGAACAGUGUCUGCAAAUACUAGCUCUUACUCUAUAGAUAACAUUAUAUCACCAAGAGCACAAAUCAGGGACUUUGUGAAUUCUGAAAGCAUGGCUGAAGAAUCUGCAUCAAGGGAGUCUCUGAGCCAACUGUUGAACAACAGCAAUAGGUUUGAGUACAGUGCAUGCUUUUUCUCAGAUGAAGACACCAGCAGUACUGGCACAAAUGUCAGCAGGUUGAUAACUGAAGAGGAUAUAGUUGACACUAUGUUUGACAUGUGUGAUACAAAUAAAACUGGUACGGUGCCUGUGUCUACACUUAUUGAGAUGCUGAAGUCCACAACAGGGAGCUUGAGUGCAGAGAGCCAGCAGUAUUUAGAUGAUUUGGCUCUGAUAUUUGACCCUGAGGGGAAGGAUGUGUCAAUUGAAUUAGAAGUUUACAGAGAAGGGAUGAUGCAGUGGAUUAAAGAGAUAAAAGAAAGAAGUGCAGGUGUGGAUGAUGACAAUUGUAAGUUGAUCUCAGUUUCACCCGAAAAGUGCUCUUCUCCCCAGGUGAACACUUCACCACACCAACGUGUGCUAGAACAUCUCAAUGGAAUCAGCUUUGGUAGUCUUGAAGCCUCGGGAUGUGCUGGAGAUGCAUCUACACAUGAAUGGGACAUAAUGGAAUUGAGUAAUAAGGUAGCUGACCUACAAUAUCAUAAUAAGAAACUGACUGAUGAAAAUAUCAAACUACAAGUGCAGUUGGAAAAUGCAGAGGAAUCUUCCACAUUGUCUGCACAAGAAAUGGAAGGACUAAAGAAGCAGUUGAGAAACAUGCAGCGAAUUAUGGAAAAGAACAGAGAACUUCAGCAUGAGGUUACAGAUGUAAAAAACAGCCUUGCUUUAAGUGAAGAGAAUACUAAAGUACUACAAAAGAAGUUGGCUAUUACGGAGAGAGAAAACAGCAACUUGGAGGCACAACUAGAUCAGCUGCAGAAAGAGCUGAUACAAACCAACUGUGACCUUGAUGCUGCUAAGACUACACACAAUGAACUUUUGGGUUCUCUCACAGAUUUCAAGCAACUAAAAGCCAAGUUUGAAGAAAUGGGACGCGUUCAAGAAGUGCAGCUUUCUGAGCGAUGUAAGGAAACUGAAGAAAUGAAAGCAACUCUAGAUCAGUGGAAGAGAAUAUCUGAGGGUCUAAGACAAGAAAAGAAUGAACUAGAACUUCAGUUGAUACAGACACAGCACAGUAUGCAUAUGCAGUGUGAUGAACUUGUUGGUGAUGAAUCCUCCAUUGUCAGUGAGAAUGAGAAGGAAUUGAUUACCAGGAGUCUGUUUCCCAGUGCCAGUAGUACUCCUUUCUCAUCUAAAUUACCCUCAAUACACUUUGAAUUAAAAAACCUGAUUCAAAGUGAGAAAGACCUUCCAUCUCCAUUUUGUGAAAAGGCUCUGAUUGAUGAUGUCUUUAGUUCAGAUAUUGGAGAUGACGAAGGAGAAACUGUGUUUGACAAUCUGAAGCCAUGUGAUCUAUUCAAUGAUAUGAAAUCUGUAGAUUUGGUUGAAGAGUGUAGACACAAUAAAGAUCUUGUGUUAGAACAGUUGGAUUUGUUGUCAAAACCCCAGGGGGCUCAGAAAACUGAAGAUGAGCAUUUGAAUGUCACAGAAAUUACAAGACAGCAGUUGCUACAAGAGACAGAAGAUUUUUCUAAAGUAAUUGUUGAACUUGCCAAAACCAAGCGAACCUCUGAUCUGAGGGUCACAAAACUUGCAGGUGCUUUAAAAAGGUUAAAAGAUAAAAAUAUAGAGAUAAAAAGGAAACACAAGGAAGCAUUAAAGCAGAUGCAGGAUGAUUCCAUCAGUCUAAAUCUCUCAGUUGAAGAGCUCACAGAGUUAAGGGAAAGAUAUGAAGUGGAGAAAUCUAACAGAGAAAAUAUUGAAAAGCAGCUUGAAGACAAAGAAAAGCAGUUAACAGUUGCAAAAGAAGAUGCAAAGGGACUUUCUCAAACUUUGGAAGAGAUGCACACCAGAAAGACCUCCUUGGAAAACAUCAUUGCAGAAUUAAAAAGAACAAAUAAUGAACUUCAAGAGAAAUGCAGGGUAAAAGAAGGUCUAGUAAGUAGCUUGGAGGAGGAACUUGCCAAAUCUGUCAAUAUUGCGAGAGAGGAAAAGGAAAAAACAUUAUCUUUGCAGAAGUCCAAUGUAGAAGAAAUCCAAGGCAUUUGGAACACACUGCAAUCUCACCUGAAUCCUGAGAGAGAAAAUUCAGCCCAAUUACCUGUUGGUGUUGAAGCUGUGAAAAACCAAGCAUGCCAGGACAUUCAGAAAUUGAGAAAUCAGCUAAAGAAGACUAAGGGGAUUUUGGCCUGUGUGAAAUCAAAGACGUUCCUUCAACCAGGGUUGACAACAACAGUGCAAUUGGAGAGUACAUCAGAGACUGAUGUUCAAACUUCCCAACUUAUUGGUAGGUAA